AUGUGUAAUCUACUUGAAGUAUCAACUAUCAAAAGUAUAUUGAAUGUUUCUGUCUUUGUGUUUCUUUUCGAAAAGGUGAAAGGAACAUCAGCGCGCCAAAAUUCGAAAACAGGUCAUACACUACAUACAAAAUUCUUAAUGACAUAUAUUAAUAAUAAUAAUAAUAAUAAUAACAAAUGA